ACGUUUGCUGUGACGUCAAAGAACUGCGCCGAAGUGUCACCACGUGGGGACAUUUAUUGCAGAGGUAGCAAAACAUCCGCAGUGACGCGUUGAUGGUCUGUCAGCGAGCAUGAGAAUAACUUCAACGUUUAUUUUGAACGUUACAAAAAUCUCAAGAAAGAACCGCGAAGGGUUUCCUAGACCAUGCCCCACGACUCCGACACUCCUCCGGCUAAGAAAUUCAAGCCGGGGUCUGUUUUCUUCCGUCUCGAUAGGAAUAAACCUGGAAUGCUGCUGCCUAGAAAGGGAAAUACCACCACUCCGAUAGAAGUCCAGAGAAAACAGCUUCCAAUUUACCAGGCGAAACCUCAGCUGCUGAAUCAGCUGAGACAGCUUCACAAUGCUAUUCUCAUCGGGGAGACUGGCUCUGGAAAGACCACUCAGAUCCCCCAGUAUCUGUAUGAGGCCGGCAUCGGGCGGCAGGGCAUCGUUGCCAUCACUCAGCCUCGCAGGGUUGCUGCGAUCUCUCUUGCAGGAAGGGUGGCCCAGGAGAAGAGGACUCAGCUCGGCAAACUGGUUGGGUACACGGUGCGGUUCGAGGACGUCACCUCGGCCGAGACAAAGCUGAAGUUUAUGACGGAUGGGAUGCUCCUGCGCGAGGCCAUCGGUGACCCCUUGCUGCUGCGCUACACCGUGGUGGUCCUGGACGAGGCCCACGAGCGCACCGUGCACACAGACGUCCUGUUCGGCGUGGUUAAGACUGCUCAGCGCAGGCGUAAAGAGCUGAACAAGAUUCCCCUGAAGGUCAUAGUGAUGUCAGCCACGAUGGAUGUGGAUCUGUUCUCAGAGUACUUCAACAAGUCACCUGUGCUUUACCUGGAGGGCAGGCAGCAUCCCAUCCAGAUCUACUACACCAAGCACCCCCAGUCCGACUACCUGCAGGCUGCGCUCGUCUCCAUCUUCCAAAUCCAUCAGGAGGCCCCUCCGUCCCAUGAUAUCUUGGUCUUCAUGACGGGUCAGGAGGAGAUCGAGGCUCUGGCGAGGACAUGUCGGGACAUCGCCAAGCAUCUACCGGACGGCUGCGGUCCCAUGCUAGUUAUCCCGUUGUACGCAUCGCUGCCGCCGGCACAGCAGCUCAGGGUCUUCCAGUCGGCUCCUACGGGAUGUAGGAAGGUCAUCCUCUCCACUAAUAUUGCCGAGACGUCAGUCACAAUCUCUGGGAUCAAAUUCGUCAUAGACACGGGGAUGGUGAAGGCCAAACGCUUCAACCCUGACAGCGGCCUUGAGGUGCUGGCCGUGCAGCGGGUCUCUAAAGCCCAGGCGUGGCAGCGAGCGGGCCGGGCCGGCAGGGAGGAUUCCGGCGCCUGCUAUCGCCUCUACACCGAGCAGGAAUUCGACAACCUCAUCCCCAUGACGGUGCCUGAGAUCCAGAGGUGUAACCUUGCUGGCGUGAUGCUGCAGCUCAUGGCUCUGGGAAUUCCAGACGUGAUGAAUUUUGACUUCAUGUCCAAGCCCUCGCCAGAGGCCGUUCGUUCAGCUUUGGAGCAUUUAGAGCUGUUGGGAGCUUUGGAGAAGAAGGAGGGGCAGGUUUUCCUCACCACUUUGGGAAAAAAGAUGGCGAGCUUCCCUCUGGAGCCCAAAUAUGCAAAGACAAUCCUGGUGUCGCCAGACUUCUGCUGUGCUGAGGAGAUUCUGAGCAUCGUAUCUCUGCUGUCGGUGGACACCGUGUUGUUCAACCCUCCCGCCCGGAGGGAGGAGGUGCUCGCCGCACGCAAGAAGUUCUCCUCCAGCGAAGGAGACCAUGUGACGCUGCUCAAUAUUUACAGGGCUUUCAAGAAAGUCAGCGGUAACAAGGAGUGGUGUCGGGAAAACUUUGUCAACAGUAGGAACAUGGGUCUGGUGAAAGAGGUCCAGGCUCAACUCAAAGACAUCUGCCUUAAGCUCAACGUGAAGUUGGAGUCGUGUGGGGCGGACACAGGGAGCCUUCGCCGCUGCCUUGCCCACGGGAUGUUCGUCAACGCCGCUGAGCUGCAGCCCGACGGCAGCUACUUGGCCCUGGACACCCGCCAGCCCGUGGCUAUCCACCCAUCCUCCGUCCUGUUCCAGGCCAAGCCUGCGUACGUGAUCUUCAACGAGCUGCUGCACACGUCCCGCUGCUACAUGAGGGAUCUGUGCCUGGUGGACCCCGACUGGCUGCUGGAUGCAGCGCCUGAGUACUUUGGCCGCAAACUCCACCCCAGCAAGAGCUAACCAAUGGAGAGGGGUGUCAGUGGGGAUGAAGCUGGAAAAUGUCUUCUCGUCACGUAGCUGGAAUUGAAUGAGGACGCUUAUCUAUUUAAUGUGCAUAUCGCAACACUUUUCUGAAUAGUUUACCUCUGGAUCUCACUACCUGCCUGCUGAUUACCAUUGACACGCAUCACUGCAGCAGAGAUCUGGGUAUCAACGCCUCACAACUUUGACUUCUUACAAGACUGUAAUUCUGAUUACCUGAAAGAACUAAAAGAUGUCAUGCAUUAACUCUUACAACAUUUGCAUGAAUCUUAACUGCACGGAUAACCUCACUUGAGCUUUGCCUGAUAUGAUCUAUCUUAGAUAAACUUAUCUUAGGGAAUAACUGUCUGUGAAAUGUUAGCUCAUGUUAUACAAAGUGGUCUUAAAGGGUUUUAUAUAUGAAAAGAUAAAUUUGUCUUAAUCUGAGUUUAUAUAAAUACAAGAAAAUAUGGAAAUUGCCAAAGUUAAAGUUGGAAUAUGAGUCUGUUUGCUUUUUUUAAGUGCAAUUUUAUAAUUACUCUACAUGCAGCACUCGUCUAGUCAACCUGUGCAUGCCUUUUUUCCAAUGAUAGCACCACGAGGUCCCCAAACACAGCUCUCCAGGUUCCACUCUUUGCUGUUGAACGUCCGCCCCUACACAGGUGUAUACUGAUAACAUGUAUGCAAUGCAUGGAGACUAUUGUCAACGAUCUGAUCCCUCAGGUCUUUCAUACUUUGUAGAAUGAUAAUCUUGCUAUGUUUAGCAAUAAACUCAGGAUAAUAUUUAACUCGAACCUGAAUAAAUGGCUAUUUGUAAUUGUAAAAAUUGCCAAAUGCAUCCGGGGUUGUGUACAAAGAGGUUGGGUGUUAAGUUCUAUGUUGCCCAUUUUCGUAAGAUUUGUUUUUUCACAAAGGAAAAGUAAGCUCUGAAUCUAAUAAAGUUUGUAAGAUUAAAUGCUAGCAUUUGUUUAUAGCAAACGAUAACAAUUGUGUAUUGCAUUGCAGCCACUGUCCAACAGAACAUCACUGCAUGAGGGAGUAAAUGUUUAAUGCCAUUCUCCACUAUUUUGCUUUGAAACACUAUUAUCUGUUAGUGUCUGUUAAAGGCCCUCUGUAUUAACAUCAGAUCUGGAAACAUUCAAAUAAACUAAUUGUUACAGAAAAGCUUUAGUCACCUGGUUGUAUAUUCAUACACUAAUAAUAAUUCAUAAGUAGAAUGUAAUCAUUCUUUAAUAAUUGCAAAUUGAUACCAGUAUAUAAUGCCAAAGGGAACAUUUCAUUGAUGACUAUUGGGACCUACUGACGUUUUGCUCUCCGGGGCUAGUUUUUGGAAAACAGCGCCAUCUUGGGAGCCGGGCGUCACGUUUAAACGAUGCUUCUGCACCGCAUCACCCCUCUUCUUUACAUAGAAUGAAUGAUGCAACGCUUUUCUCAGAUGUCAUGUCCAAUGCAGCCACGAUAGAUUUUCUUUUUUAAUUGUUUGUUCUCUCGUCUUCGGUGGAGAACAGUAGAGACGUGUUUAUGUCUAUCGUAAGGGGACAUAACACAUAUAACCAUAUUAAUCAGUAUGCCACUGGGGGCGCUGUAGGGUCAUUUGUGACACUAUUACAUUUUUUUAAAUAUAUAAUUUACAUUUUAUUAUAUUAAAUAAUUAU